GCCAAGUUCACAGCUGAUAGCGCGGCAGCUGCACUAUCAGUCGAUCUGUCACAAUGAGGCUCGCCGUCGCGACGUUCCUCGCCAUCGCAUUGUCCCUCUCCCUCCUGCUCGCCGGCGCGCUUGCCCGGCCGCCCCCGGCGCCGGUGAGGACGGAUGCCGGCGGCGGCGCGGCGCCGGCUCCGCAGGACAAGGGCGGCAACCUCACCGACGUGCUCAACGUCGCCGGCCCCUUCAGCACCUUCCUCAUGUACCUCCGGCAGACCAACCUCGUGGCGGUGUUCGAGCACCAGGCCUACCGGACCCACCAGGGCAUCACCAUCUUCGUCCCCGUCGACAUGGCCUUCGCCGCCAUCGAGCCAUCGGUGUUGGCGGGGCUAUCGAGGAACCAGCUGAAGCACCUGCUGAUGUACCACUCGCUGGCGAAGCACUACACGCUGGCGGAGUUCGACGGGCUGAGCCAGAGCAACCCGGUGAAGACGCUCGCCGGCGGGAGGUACGCGGUGAACGUGACGUACGACGGCGGCGUGGUCCACGUGAUGUCGAGGUGGUCCAGCGCCAGGGUGGUCGGGAGCGUGUACGAGUCGGCGGCCAUGGCGGUGUACGAGCUGGACACGGUGCUGCUCCCGGACGCGCUGUUCCACGCCCACCCGCCCGUCGCGGCCACCCCGCCCGUGCCGGCGCUGCCGUCGCCGCCGCCCCACGCCGAUCACCCGCCGCCCGACGACGACGACGGCGACAUCGACGACUACGUCCCGGCGCCGCCGCCGGACCCGGCGGCGGGGAAGGGCGGCGCCAAGAGGUCGGCGUCCGGACCGGCGGUGGUGGCUCACAAGGCCGCGAGCUACGGAGCCGCUGCCGCGAUGACCUUGCUGGUGUCGUGUUUGUGAGGCUGUGGCUUGGCUGCGCGUACGGGGCAACCAACCAGACGUCAAUACUUGUUAGUGAUCGGAGUAUAUAAUAUAUUGUUACCUUAGUAAGGAGUAUAUAUAUUAUUUGUAUGUGUGAUGUUUCUACGUGUCAAAGUUCACGAGAUCAGCGUGGAAGCGUAGUAGCGUACGGGGUGUGUGUGUGAUAGUACUCUCGUAGGAAUAAGUCCACCUUCAGUCCCUUCAAAUAUAGGCUAAUAUGAUUUGUAUCC